AUGAGGAUUGACAUCACAAAUUUUUUCCAGCAAGAUAUGGAGUCGCUUUAUGAAGCUUGGGAGAGAUAUAAGUAUCUCUUAUGGAGUUGUCCUCAUCAUGGGUUACCAAUAUGGUGGCAAGUGCAAACAUUUUACAAUGGGUUGAUGCCAAAUAUACAAGCCAUGGUAGAUGCUGCAAGUGGGGGAGCCUUGAAUAACAAAACACUAGAGGAAGCCUAUAAUUUGAUUGAAGUGAUGGCAAGCAAUAACUACAUGAGGCCUUCAGAGAGAAAUUCAACAAGGAAAGCAGUGGGAGUGCAUGAAGUUGAUGGCUACACCGCGUUGGCUGCUCAAUUUUCAACCAUCCAAAAGCAAUUAGGAGUUGCCUUAAAGGUAAAUACUAUUGAAACUCAUUCUCUAACUUGUGAAUUUUGUGCAGGGAAUCAUUUGUCAAGAGGAUGUCAAGUAGGGAAUCCAUUUGCUCCACCUCAACAAGCAAAUUACGUCAACAAUUUUCAAGGAAAGCAACAGAAUCCAUACUCUAAUACAUAUACUCCAGCAUGGCAAAACCAUCCAAAUUUUUCUUGGAGUAACAACAGUUAUCCUAAACCACCUCUUGGUUUUCAAGUUCAAGAGGCAAAAUCAAAUUUGGGGGAUGUGCUUACAAAGUUUAUGGAGGAAUCUGGUAAGAGAUUUGACAAGAAUGAAGCUCAACUUCAGAAAUAUGAAGUCUUGUUGCAAAAUCAAUCCGCUUCCAUAAGGAACCUUGAAACUCAAAUGGGAAAAAUUCAUAGUAUCUUAGCGGGAAGAGUUCAAGGAAUGUUUUCGAGUGAUAUCGAGAAGAAUCCAAAAGAGCAACUCAAUGCCAUCAUGUUGAGAAGUGGCAAGGACCUAAAAGAAUCAAGAAAAACUAAAGAAACUGAGGAAAAAGCUGAAGACACAAAUUGGACAAAACCAAUAAUGCCUCAACACAAUGCCUAG